AUGCUUCUCGACGACUCCGAGCUGACCGUGAGACAGCUCCAAAGAAAUGGUGGCCAGAGGAAUCAAGACCUGUCUGGGGCGGGACGAGAGCCCUACGAAGUCAUGAAGGGCGCGUUCGAGCAAGUUGCUGGUACACCCCCCUUCGUACCUUUCUCGGAAUCCGUCUUACCCGCGCUCCUGGCCCUGCGGAAGACGCAUCAGACCAUUGCUGAAUCCCGGGCGUAUCUGAUCAGUCAAGGGACCUCUCUCGACCAGACAAAACGCAGGCUCGAAAUCGAGCAGGCGAAUCUGGCUGAUCAGAAGCUGCUUCAGCAGAGCCUAGAGAAGCGCAUCCAGUCCCUCAAGGACGAUGCCGAGUCUCGGAUGGAGUUGACGCCCGAACAGGCAGCCAAAGAGAGACUGGACGAACUGAGGCAGAAAAAGAAGCGUUACGACAGAGAGACCUCCCGACUACUCAAGGCUCUGAGGAAGUUCAUUGACGAUCACCUUGCGGCGCAACUGGCAGCGGAGGAUCUUGGCGGCCCGGUUGUGGGUGACAUGAUGGAGAUCGACUCCGACCAACUGAUUGCGGGCUUCAACGCUCAGGGCCGGCCAGCCAAGGUCAAAUCCAAGCCAGACGAGGACAAGCGACAACGAAGGCUUGAGGAAGUCUGGGGCCUGCCACAGGAGGACGCAGGUCAGAAGCGCGGCGAAGCGGACGAGGCAGCCGCCGCCGGCCGCGAGAUGCGGGAAUUGACAGAACAUCUCCUGAACCAGCUCGUGGAAGCAGGGGGCGACAGCGCGGCGGCGUACGUCAAACUGCCCAAGGAGACAGCAGCAGCGCGGUUCCUCAUCAGGUCCAAAGUGGCCCAGUUCCAUCCCAGAGACGCUACGAAGCUCAAGCUGAUUGAUUUUGGGAGGGAACUGGACGACUAG